AUGUCGAGUCGUCAGCUUCGCAAACUGCAGAAGCAGAGAGAGCUCGAGCAGCUACAAGAGACCAAACCUGCCACCGAGGAAUCCAGUGACGACGAGCCCGAACCCGCAACUAUCAAACCUCGACAGAGUUUAUUCGCAGCCCUAGGCGGCGGCGACGAUGAUGGCGACGACAACGAUGACGAGAAAUCCGACAACGGGCAAGACGAAGCCCAGCCGGAAUCAGAGCCCGAGGUAGUGCCUCAGCCUGCCAAGAAGAAGAACAAGAAAAAGAAGAAGAAGGCAAAGAAGGCAGCGACGCAGGACGGACCUGCGAAUGAUCGCGAAGACGAGGAUGACGAAAUUGAUCGGGCGCUCAAGGAGCUCAGCAUUGCGCGCAAUGCCGGCUCGACCGCCUCCGACAACCUCGCACAACGAAGCCGCGACAUUGAUGACCUCCUGCAAAUCAACACCCAAUACCUCAGAGCAAUCAACGAGAUGCGUGCCCUGUUUGGAAAGGAAGCCAUUCAGGCUGCGCAGGAAGAAGAACGGGCCGAGCUGGAGGCUGCGCGCCGAGCACAAAGAGGCGCCAACCAGCACGUUGACCUUGAAACGGCACUUCGAGGGGAUCCGCGCAAGAAACUUCCCGAGAUAUCUCUGCGCCGCAACGUCUUUAUCCAGGGCAAGGAUACAUGGCCACGCGCCACUGCGGCAGGACUGGUCAUGAAGGAGAUUAGGAAAGGGUCUGAUGGCCUCACUGAGUUCGCCUUUGUGCACGAGCAGGCAUACGAUAACGUUCAGGUCAUGUUCUUCAGCUGCGUCCAGCUCGGGGACCCCAUGCAGAUGGUUCAGCUUCUGAUGCGAUUCCCUUACCACGUCUCAACCCUGCUCCAGGUCAGCAAGGUCGCCAUCCAGGACCAAAACCAAGCUCUGGCAGCCGAUCUUUGUGAGCGAGCUCUGUUCACGUUUGGACGGGCUACGACAUCUGCUUUCAGACAAAAGCUAGAGCAGGGCAAGGCCCGCCUAGACUUCCGCCGCCCAGAAAACCGCGAGCUCUGGCUCGCCGGAUACACAUACCUCAAGAGCCUGAUCCGCAAGGGAACUUACAGGACGGCACUGGAAUGGGCGAAGCUGCUGUUUAGCCUGAAUCCAAAUGAUCCUUACGGCAUGAAGUACUUUAUCCACACGCUGGCAAUUCGUGCACGCCAAGCGCAGUGGCUCCUGGACUUCAUGAGCACACACGAGUUUGUGGCCGACGAGACGGACGAUACAUACCUCAAGCAAACACUUGUUCUUGCGAAGCUCCAGGUGGGCGACACCGACGGGGCAAAGAUUGCGGCGGUAGCCGGCAUGGAGCGGCUGCCGUGGCUCUACUGCGCCCUCUUCCAGGCGUUGAACGUGGAAGCGCCGCCCCCCUUAUGGGGUGUACGACCCGACACCAACGAGCGUGAGUUCUGGACGAACCUCUAUAUCCACCAGGCCAAGGAUAUCUGGAACAAUACGCAAGCCAUUGACGUGCUCAAGGAGGCCGUCAAGAUCGCACAGAAGCCUACUCAAGCCCUCCCAGAAGACCUACCGGCAGACAAUCGCACAGCCAGAUGGACGUGGUUAGAGGAUACUCCGACUUUGUUGAGCGGCAUCCCGAGAGCGAUGCUCGCACGGGAACCCAACUACGCAUUUGACCCCCUCCCGCCUCCGAAGGAAGAGAAUAUCUUUACGAGCCAGGGCGUUCAGAUGCCGUGGCGUCAAAGUGGCGAGAAUGGAGAACAGGGAAUGCUGGCACAGGAGCGAGCGCUCAUCAACAUGCUCCGGAGACAGCAGCAAAGAGCCGCGGCGCGAGGAGCGGGUGCUGGGGCUGCUGGGGGCGCCGGUGCAAUGGGUGCUAUGAUGGGCGCGUUCCCGGAUGACGACGAUGAAGAAGAGGGCGGUGAUUUUGGUGAUGCUUGGGAAGGCGCUUUCAGCGAUGGAGACGACGAUGAUCUGGAGGGCGAUGGACGCCAGCCUCCUUCCGCCGGUGUAGUCCAGCGACUCGCCGAUUUGCUGGCAUCCAUGAUACCUGGCGGAUGGCCGGCGGAGUCGACUGGCGGGGGUGAUGACAGCGCAGGCCCGGACGACGACGAGGAGUUACCUCCUUUGAUUGAUGGUGAUAAUGACAUCGGCGAUGGUGAGGCACGGCAGCAGCAGCAUGGCGGAAACCAGCCGCAGUAG